AGUACUACUGAGUCGCUUAGCUGUAGCUAUCAGCCAUUGUUAAUGCUGGUUUAAAUGCUUAUUACUCUGAAAAUCAAGAUGGAUCACAGCUGGGUUUAACUUAAAAUCCCACGUCUCUCUCUUCUUCCCCACUCCCUAUUCGUGUUCCGUCUCUAGCAUUUGCUAAGCUUUCUCUGUUAUCACUUUUGUUAGUGCUAGUAAUGGCGUUUCCUUUUAUGGCAAGGAUUACCUUCUUCAUCCCCAAUCAAACCAGUCCCCAUCCACAUGUUCUUGUUCCUUUUUUGGGCGGGGAAUAGGUCAGAGACAAUUAUAAACACGAAGAAGGAAGAAAGAGAAGAGGAGAAGAUCAGAAUAAAGAGAGAAAAAGAAAAGGUUAUAUGGGCUUGGAUUUUGAUCAAUCAUGGCUGGCCCAAGAGUGUCCUCGGGCAAUGAUUGCUUGUCUGGAUAUGUGUGUGUGUAUAUAUAUAUUUACAUGUAGAGUGAAUGUAUAGGAAACCUCAGAGUAGGUUCUGAUCUUUGUCGACUUAGAAUCCUCCAUUUAUCUCCACCAAAACUUUUCCGUAUUAAUCUCCAAUUUAUAUUCAUCGUUAAGCCAAGGCAAAAAUCUAAGUAUCAAUUCUUGCCCAUCGGUCUCUACAAGCUCCAAUUCUUUACCCAAAUCCAGAAUCAGGUUCUGGGUCUGGCCCCUACCCAUUAAUUCUUUUCCGAAAAUAGCAAUACCCAACUCUACAAAUCCCCGGAAAUUUCAACUCCCCUUCUGGUUGAUGGGCACAAUUAGGGUUUGCAGAGACCUCUCCAAACCCUUGAAUUCUGUACAUCCACCGGUCACUACCUCCACCUCUUGCACCGAGACAGUAAAUGGGUCGCAUCAGUUUAAGAUUAGCGGCUACUCGCUCGUUAAAGGCAUGGGGAUAGGCAAGUACGUUGCGUCUGAUACGUUCAUGGUGGGUGGUUAUUUGUGGGCUGUAUAUUUCUAUCCUGAUGGCAAGAGCGCGGAGGACAACGCCGCGUACGUCUCGCUAUUUAUCGCGCUGGCGAGCGAAGGCACGGAUGUGAGGGCCUUGUUUGAGCUUACGCUUGUGGAUCAAAGCGGGGAGGGAAGGCACAAGGUGCACAGCCAUUUUGGGAGGACGCUUGAGAGCGGGCCGUAUACGCUCAAGUACAGAGGGAGUAUGUGGGGCUAUAAACGCUUUUUCAAAAGGACCCUUCUAGAGACAUCUGACUACCUAAAGGAUGACUGCCUCUUAAUUCACUGUUCUGUUGGUGUUGUUAAGUCACGUACAGAGGGACCUAGGAGUUAUCAUAUUGCAGUUCCACCUUCUGAUAUUGGGCAGCAUUUUGGGAGGCUUUUGGAAAGUGGAAAGGGAAAUGAUGUGAAUUUUGAAGUUGAUGGUGAAAUAUUUUCCGCCCACAAGUUGGUUCUUGCAGCCCGGUCACCUGUGUUCAGGGCUCAACUUUUUGGCCCUUUGAGGGAUCAAAAUACCAAGUGCAUAAAAGUUGAAGACAUGGAAGCCCCUGUUUUUAAGGUAUUACUUCAUUUCAUUUACUGGGAUUCUCUAGCAAAUAUGCAAGAGCUUGUGGAUAUGGACUCAAAAUGGGCUUCUACACUGAUGGCUCAGCACCUGCUUGCGGCUGCAGACCGUUAUGCCCUUGACAGGCUCAGACUGCUCUGCGAGGCAAAACUUUGUGAGGAUGUUGCCAUAAACACAGUUGCAUUCACAUUAGCAUUGGCAGAGCAGCACCAUUGUUUCCAGCUUAAAGCUAUAUGUCUCAAAUUCAUUGCGUUGCCUGAAAAUUUGAAAGCGGUGAUGCAAACAGAUGGGUUUGAAUACUUGAAGCAGAGCUGUCCUUCUGUACUCAGUGAGCUACUGCAAUACGUAGCAAGAAUGGGCGAGCAUUCUGUCAUUGCUUCCAGAAAAGGAAACGAGACCUUGCUAGAUAACUGUGAUGCCAAUGGAAGACGGGUGAAGCAAAGGAUACAUUGAUUUUGGGCACCAAAGACAGAUAACAAGAAAGGGAGCUUGUUAGGCUUAAGAACAUUUUUGUACUGUGCUAACAGUGACAUUCUGUUAUAUAAAUUUAAUGAGUUCAAAGUUAGUGGAUGAUGUGGUUGUCCAUUGUAUAAAUAGUUCCUUUAAUAUUGUUUCUAGACAUUUCUGGAUUCAGGUUCUUGCUUCUAUGCAAUCGAAAAUUGUAUCUGCUUGGUGGGAUUGUCGAUUUAGAAGGAUCAAAGAAUUGUUGUGAUGCGGGUUCAGCAGAGUGACUAAUAUC